CACUGGGGAUCCAGCCCUGGUGUGCCCUGACCGGGAAUCAGCUGUGUGACCUCCUGACUCAUUGGUCAGCAUUCAACCACUGAGCCACUCCAUGCAGGACAGUAACCGAUACUCUUAAUGGCAUGUGUAUAUAACACUCAGUAAAGAACCCUGUCCUCAAAAUACCAAAACCUCGUUAUAGGCAGGGCUUGGGGCAAUAAAGCAUCAAAGGUAACAUUGCAGUAUAUUAAUAACACAGGCACUAAACUCAGACCUGGGUUUUAAUCCUUGCUCAUCCAUUUACCGACAAGGAAACUGAGUGAAUUAACCUACUUAUGAGCUUUAGUUUACUCAUUUAUAAAAUGAAAAUGCGCGCCCUAACCAGUUUGGCUCGGUGGAUAGAGCGUUGGCCUGCGGACUAAAGGGUCCCAGGUUCCAGUCUGGUCAAAGGCAUGUACCUUGGUUGCGGGCACAUCCCCAGUAGGAGGUGUGCAGGAGGCAGCUGAUCGAUGUCUCUCUCUAUCCCUCUCCCUUCCUCUCUGUAAAAAAUCAAUAAAAUGUACUUUUUAAAAAAUGAAGAUGCGAUACCACAAGCCUCCCAAGUUGGAUGUGUGUAAAGCAUUUAGCUUAGCAUCUGACACAAUAAGCAACCACAAUAAUAUCCUAGGAAAUAUUGCUAUUGGUAAAGCCAUGAAUAUAAUGACCAUUUCAUUUAGAGAUGAUUCCUUAAUUCAAAUCUCAGUCUUAAAUGUAUUCUGUAGCAAACUGUGGGUGGAGAGGUUCAUUAAGUAUAGGAGGUAGAUAGAUCACUAAGCCCUCAUCCUGGCAGCAGGUGGGGUGAAGGUGCAAAUUUGUUAUUUACCACUAACAAAAGUCAUUCUGCCCUGGAAAAGAUGGAUCUUCUGGAGGCCAUUUGGAUUCUUAAGAAGACUUCUCAAAGUGGAAAGCUGUAGAAUAACUGAAUCAGAAUCAUUGAUCCCAUUAGCUUGGACAUCACUGAUACAGAAACUUAGCAAAGCACCUGGUAUUUUCUUGCUGGAUCAAAGAAAAAGAUUCUCAACCAUGCCUGAAAUAGAAACAAGUCAAAGUGACUCAGAAUUGUUUUCACCACCCUCUGAUGUUCGAGGAAUGACAACACUUGAUAGAACAGCUUUUAACAAGGUAGUCACUAUCCCAGUGCUUAAAGUGAGGAAAGAAAUUGUCAAUAAAUUGAUGCGAUCCCUUAAAAGGGCAGCACUGCAGCGACCGGGCAUAAAACGUGUGAUUGAAGAUCCAGAAGAUGAAGAAAGUAGACUAAUUAUGUUGGAUCCCUAUAAAAUAUUGACUAAUGAUUCCUUUGAGGAAGCAGAACUCAGUAUUUUAAAGCAGCUUAAUGUCAGUCCACAGAUAUCUAAAUAUAAUUUGGAACUAACUUAUGAAAACUUUAAGUCAGAAGAAAUCUUGAGAGCUGUGCUUCCUGAAGGUCAAGAUGUGACUUCAGGGUUUAGCAGAGUUGGACAUAUUGCGCACCUGAACCUUCGAGAUCAUCAACUACCUUUCAAGCAUUUAAUUGGCCAAGUUAUGAUUGACAAAAAUCCAGGAAUCACCUCAGCAGUAAAUAAAAUCAACCAUAUAGAUAACACUUACCGAAAUUUCCAAAUGGAAGUGCUAUAUGGAGAGGAGAACAUGAUGACCAAGGUUCGGGAAAACAACUAUACCUAUGAAUUUGAUUUUUCAAAAGUCUAUUGGAAUCCCCGUCUCUCUACAGAACACAGCCGUAUCACAGAACUUCUCAAACCUGGAGAUGUUCUAUUUGAUGUUUUUGCUGGGGUUGGGCCCUUUGCCAUUCCAGCAGCAAAGAAAAACUGCACUGUAUUUGCCAAUGAUCUCAAUCCUGAAUCCUAUAAAUGGCUAUUGCACAACUGUAAAUUAAAUAAAGUGGACAAUAAAGUAAAAGUCUUUAACUUGGAUGGGAAAGACUUCCUCCAAGGACCAGUCAGAGAAGAAUUAAUGCAGCAGCUGGGACCACUGUCGAAAGAAAGAAAACACGCUGUGCACAUUGUCAUGAACUUACCAGCAAAGGCAAUUGAGUUUCUCAGUGCUUUCAAAUCUCUUUUGGAUGGGCAGCCAUGUGGCAGCGAGCUCCUUCCCAUAGUACACUGUUACAGCUUUUCCAAAGAUGCUAAUCCUGCUAAGGAUGUUCAGCAACAAGCUGAAGCUGUGUUAGGCAUUUCCUUGGAUCCAUGCAGUUCAGUUCAUCUAGUAAGAAACGUGGCCCCUAACAAGGAAAUGUUAUGCAUCACCUUUCAGAUUCCUGCUGUUAUACUCUACAAGAACCAGACCCUAGAUCUAGAGAAUCAUGAAGAUCCUCCACCUCUUAAACGCCAGAGGACUGAUAAAGCCUUUUCAGAAGAAAAAACAACAAUUGCUUAAAUGACUUAAUUGGAACUAUUUUCUCCAUCUCCCCACUAGAUUGUUACGUAGUGAAAUAUAAUUUGUAUGAUUUCAUAAAAUUUUGGCAUUUAGUUACUUUAGUAUUAAACUGUUAUAUUUUGCCCAUGUUGUAUUGUAAAUUGAGGAUUAUCAAAAGUUUAAAUGAAAUGUCUAUUAAACAUUUUAUUACCUAAAUUAUACUA